AUGGCGGAUCCAAUCUCUGCUUUGGCAGCUGUGGGUGCUGCGUCGAGCGUGCUUCAGAUCAUCGACUUCUCUGGAAAGGUUUUGUACAAUGCAGCGAAAUUGACGGCUUCAGAUGAUGCUCUUCGAGAGAAUAUUGAAAUCGAGAGGCUAACUCGACAGCACGAACUACUCAUCCAAGAAGUGGCGGAAUCUGAGGCCUGGAACCAAGGUCCACCAGCUCAAGUUGCACCCCUCAUCCAGAGGGCGAAAGAGAUCGGUCAGAAAGCUGGGGAACUCUUGAAGCUACUUGACGACUUGAAAGUGACAGAGGGCCGCAAGAGCGUCAAGAGGGCCCUUCAAAGCACUAGGCAGGCCGCCCGGGCUGUUUCAAAGAGAAGCAAGAUUGAAAGGAAGCAACAAGAACUGCACAACCUGACCAAACAGCUGGAAGUUGCCCUGUUGCUCAACGUCGCAUCGAAGCAAAGCGACGAAAUCGCUAUACUGCAUGACAUCGCUCAAACGCAGGCCGAUACCCAUAAGUAUCUCCAGGAGUUUGAAGCAAGGGCACUCCCAGCAAAAGAGGAAAUCAUUGACAGCUUGCACUUCAAGGAACUAAACUCCAGGCGCGACACAGUGGUUGAUGCGUACGAUGACACCUACCGAUGGGCAGUGAAGGCUACGGACAGCAAAUUGAGGGCGUGGCUUUCUGAAGGAAACGGCCUGUUUUGGGUGUGUGGGAAACCAGGAUCGGGAAAGUCGACCUUGAUGAAGUUUCUGCUUCAUAGUCCGGAAACAACCUCAUUGUUAAACUCUUGGGUGUCAACCGGCCAGCGUUGGGUGCUUGCGGACUUCUUUUUCUGGUACCUUGGCACUUCCAAGCAAAAGUCCACGUUUGGCCUCUUGCAAGGCAUACUGUACAAGAUUCUGUCAGAGUGUCCAGAGCUUGUUCCUGUCGCGUGUCCUGGGCGUUUCAGCUCUGCGGCCCAUCGACGGCAGGCGUGGACUCAACAGGAGCUUCUGGACGCCGCCUAUGCGAUCGCACGCACCGACUGUCGAAGCCGCUUCGAGCGUGGCAAUGGACAGGAAGAAUUCGACGUGCGCUUGGUGUUCUUCAUCGAUGGGCUGGAUGAAUUUGACGGUGACCACGCCGAUCUUAUCUCCGUACUGCAAGGCCUAGCAGCAGGAGGUAGGAUCAAAGUGUGUGUCUCGUGCAGACCGUGGAACGUCUUCAUCAAUGCAAUGGGUGACACAGAAUUUGCCAUACACUUGGAGCAUCUCACCCGUAAUGACAUCGAACAUUACGUGCGCGACCAUCUCGAAAGAGCCGAAAAGUCACAGACAAACCGGACGCAUCGAUUUCGCCGUCGUGAGCCACAGGCCGAGAAGCUGAUCCAAGCUGUUGUAUCAAAGGCAAAUGGCGUCUUUUUCUGGGUUUUCCUGGUGGUCCGGUCGCUCAUUUCUGGCUUUGAGGAAGGCGACAGCAUUGAGAUUAUGCAGGACCGCCUUGAGCAACUCCCUGGCGAGCUAAUACCAUACUUCAAGUUGAUCCUAAGCCGCAUGGACAAGGUCUAUCAGAGGAUUACCGCGACUGCACUCACGAUCGCCGGAAUUCCUCGCCGCAAUGACUUUCCCCAAUUUGUGUAUGUAUCCUUCUUGGAUCUCUGGCCCAUCGUAGAUAAGCCGAACCACUACGCGAAUUCAAACUUCGCCUAUGAGCGAAGCCUGGUGGCUUACUCCUUUGACGAGCUGCAACAGAUGGCAAGUGAAACAGCACGUCUCGUUCGCUCGAGCUGUCGCGAUUUUCUGCAUGUCAAUCAACCAGAAUUUAGAGAAGACGGACCACUGUCGAGUGUAGACCUUAUGCCGAAUGCGCAAGUCGAAUUCAUACACAGAACUGUCUACGACUUCUUAAAUCUGGAAGACAUUCGCCGCAUCCUUCAGAGACUCUAUCCUGCUCACCUGGCACGACCCUCGAUAGCAGCCAAGGUGACACUGGCCAGAGCGAAAUUCGCUCCCGUUGGCGAGCCGAACGAUCCUUGUGAGCACAUAGACGAGAUGGCGGGUUGGAUAUGUUCAGGAAAGCCUAGUGAUCAAGUUCUUGAAGAGCUUGACUCUCUUGAAGUGCAGUACAUGGAUAACUACUGCACAGCAAACUGCACGAUCCACGCUAAAGCGCCUUCCGACAAUAACUUGAACAGGCAUAGAACGAUGUGUACCCGCGGAUACUACCAGGCCAUCACGCGAACGUUUGCGCAAAGGCUUGACGCCUUCCAAGCUUCUCAAUCCAGCACAAAUAUCCGGGCGUGCGAAUCACAGGGCGAGAUCAUUCGCUAUGCUUUUGGGAAAGGGACAUAUGAAUUUGAGGAGAAGGAGGCUAUAAAACUAGAUUUGCUGGAUGUGAAGUUGGUUGUAUUGCUCAUAGCUAAAGGCGCGGACCCGGACGAAUUGCUCAUAGCGUUCGGCAGCUGCAGCGAUAUCGGCUCCAGUACGAUGCCUUUGGCAAGGUUCAUACGCAACUGGCUCUUCAUGAGCGCCAAUCACGAUCAAGACGAGGCCGUCUGGUCGGUGGUCAAGUUGCUCAUCGAUCAGGGGGCCAAAGUGCCCGAGCGGUGCCCGAUCUCCAUUGCCGAAUAUCGACGGACUGUCGCAAAGAAGGACAUCUACAAGUAUCAGGAUCUAAUCGAAGAAUUGCCGCCGAUGGAGUGGACAAGCACAACACAAGCACUGCGCUAUGCGGUUCCUGAGGGAAGAGCGCAUGAGAUAGAGGAAGUUUUGGCACACAGUCAUCGACAAUAG